AUGCAGAACCAUGCCGAUGGACUUAAACUGUUAGAAUUAACUAAGAGUGAAUCCGAUUCCGAUUCCCCGCAAUUUUCUCUACCCAAACGAAAAGUUCGUUUUAAAAAACGAUUCCGUCCUAAUUCUAAGGUAAAACAAGCCCCAGGAGGAGGAGAAGCAUGUUCUUGUCAAUGUGUUCAACAUGCAAAAGUAGUAUUAAAUAUUGUCAUACUUAUUAUUGUGGCCCUGCUAAUUUGGUUUAUAACUAAUCUGAAUACUAGAGUGGAAGAUUUACAAAAACUUGUUGAUGAAUUUAAAAAUAGAAAUAAGAAUACACCCGAGACAUUUCAUAAUAUUCAUACGGAUAUUAAAGUGCUAGAAUCUAAUGUAACUUUUUAUGGACAAGAAUUUAAGAAAUUGUCAAAUGAAAUUGAAGCAAUAUCCAAAGAGGUAAAGGAUUUAAAACUAAUCACGGAUAAUUUGAAAUUAAGUAUUGUAGCAGUACCUGAAAUUAAAAAAUUACCACAGGAUGUGAAAUCAUUAUUGCAGAAUGUUGCUAAUGUUGGUAGUAAAGUUACUGCAGUUGAAUCAACUGUUACAGAAUUGAAGCAGCAACAUGUUGAUAUAACAAAGAUGGUUCAAAAUUCUAAAAAUGAUGUUGAUUUUGUGAAGAUGGCAAUGAGACAAGAUUCUAUCACUAUGACAAAUUCAAAUCCUUGUAAUUUUUUUUGUGGUGGUGGUACACAGAUUAGAGCAUUAUUCCCAACACUUGUAACUGAAGUUUAUGCCUGCAUUGCAUUUUAG